AUGUUUGAGAAGGCGCUGGAGGGGUUGCGAACGAGUGAGGACCUGUAUGUCGACAGCAUCCACUUCGGCGUGGUGCUGAGCACGGGCUGUCUGGGUCUGUUGAAACAACCCUCCCUGGCCUUCGUGCAGCAAUACGUCAAGCGGUUCUGGCGCAACGGGUACUUUGAGAAUGUGCUGCACUACAUGUUCCUGUUUAAGGAGGAGCGCAACCCGCACGCCAUGGAUAAGAUGCUGGACGACAUCACACAG